AACUCGCUAUGACGAGCUUAAUAUGUUCAGUAUUUUGUGCUCUUCUAUUGGGUUUAGCUAUUUCCUCAGUCGACACGGGUUACGCUCCAACAUGGGAUAAUUGCAACUGUUAUUGGGGCGCAUGGAAACCUUGGUCUACAUGCACAAAGUCUUGCGGAGGGGGGUAUCAACAAAGAAGUCGUAGUGUUUGGAAAGAUGAUGUCCCCGAAUGUGACGGAUUUGAAAAAUGCGCAUCUAACGACAUGGGUUGGGAUUACCAGGCAUGUAACACGCACUGUUUUAACACCGGAACGUUUAUGAAAACAUCUGAUUUGUACGGAAACUGUGUCUGCCCCACAGGGAUACAGGGUACUUGUUGCGAGCAAGUUGUAACUUGCGGGACACCGAGUACAAUCAGCCAUGGAACUGUGACGGGCACCAAUUACACGUACAACAACCAAAUUGAAUACACUUGUUCAAGCGGUUACAAUUUCACCGAUGUUUCACAGAGCGUGCGUACGUGUACAGCUCAAGGAACAUGGUCUGGUUCACUGCCAAGAUGCGAAUAUGCCAUAUCAUGCAGCAGCAAUCCGUGCAAGAACGGUGCAACAUGCAUUAAUAUGUUAGGUGGAUAUUCCUGUUCAUGCGGAUAUAUGUGGACCGGCAAGAACUGUGAAGUGGAUAUACAUCCACCAGUAUUCUCGAAAUGCCCUGAAAACAGAACUACAUUUGUUUCAACUAUGACAAGCAAUCAAACAUGGAUGGAACCAGAUUUUCACGACCCACAUGGGUUCGAAGUAGUGGUGACAAAGAACUACCCCGUCAAUAGUUUCGAGUUUCCAUGGGGAGUUCAUAUAAUUCAAUACUUCGCAGUAAAGCCGUCGAAUGGCUUAUCAGUAGAAUGCACUUUUGAAAUGUCCAUCACACCACAUCCAUGUCCCGACAUUUCUCCUCCAUUACAUGGACUUGUUGUAUGCAACGGUUGGAUGGUUGACUAUGCGCAAGUUUGCAAAGUGUACUGCUUAGAGGGUUAUACUCUACCUCCGGACUUUAACAGAGAUAUAAUUUUCAACUGUGGAGCGACAGGACAAUGGAUUCCAUCAUUUAAGCCACAGGAAUGCAUUGAAGAUGAUGGUGCAUUUGGUUAUAUCGACAAAACCCGAAUAUUUCCAGACUGCGUUAACUCCACGACCGAUAUUGGUAUUCAAUACGUGUCUGACCUGAAAAGGUCAGCGUUGAACUCCCUCUGCACUGACCACUUCGAAUCGUGCAAUGAACGUAAUGUCCGUGUUUUGUGUCAUCAACAGUAACGGUCAAUGUGAAGGCGUCCAAUUGACUGACAUUGUAUCUGAGUCACUUUUCCAUAUUGACCAAGUAUUAUUGAUUUGAAACUUGAUUUUUGCGUGUUUUCGUUUCUUGUUUGGUUUUAUAAAUAUAAUUGUAUGAUUAGCUUUCUUCUGACGAGCUAAAAUAAACUUAUAUCCCUAUAUUACUUCGAUGCUGUGUUGUUUCAAUGCACUUUUAUUGUCUUAAUUAAGACACG